CACAUUUAUUGAAAUUAGCAAGGUCACAAGUCCUCAAGGUUGGAGUGAAGGACAACGACGAUAUCAAGGGUAUAUGUACAGUUAUGGUGUACAGUGACUGUGGAAAUACUGUUGUUCUGAACGAACUUGAAUCUCUCAUCAAAAGUCAGAUACAGAAAGCUGAGUCAAGAAAAUGGGCUAACUUUGUAUAUCCUAAAGAAGCCGUGAGAUUAACUCCUGGGAGUUGUUUAGUAGAUCCACAUUUUAACAGUUUUGUUUGUAAGGCAGUUGGAGAAUUGUGUAUUAAACUAGAUGAAAUCAUUGGUGAAGCUCUACAUCCCGAGUAUGGCAGCGUCCGGAUAUCAGCGAUUGUACGAGAUCUUGAGCGGAAAGUUGGAAACAUAUACAGUCAGUUCACAGAGAAAGGCUCUAAAAUAACAAAUCAGCCACCAGUGUCGAUCAAGUUGGGUAGUGUUUAUGCUUGGGCACGUGAACAAUCUGGUGUAGAUUUUAAUGGUCUUCAAAUGUGUUCAGAUCUGAGAAGAAAUCGUCUACGGUUAUGUCGUAAACUUUGUCGUUUAGUACGUUUAUCCAAGUCAUCUAAACAACGCAGUAAAUCGCAUCCAUUAUUGUCUAGCCUUAAACAUGAUCUCAUGAAAAUACGUUCACGUGCUGCUGGAAAAGUGUUUUCAGAAAAACCUGUCACACUGACCUCUCAUACUCUAGUUAGUGCAAAACCUAUACGCUUUACAGAGGAUCCAUUUGUCUCAUUUGAAAAACCUAUUAUCCAAUCAAAGCUUGCUAUCAUCUUUGAUAAAUUGGCGGAUCAAAUCACCGAUCUACUCUUACCAAUAUCACAUUUAAUUCCAGGCAUUUCUAUUGUAAAAAGUGCUGAUGAUAUUGGAAAACGUCGUGAGAAUUUACGUACACAAAUUGUUCUAGCUAUUCAAGGCUUUUAUUGUCAUUUCAAUGAGACGACUACUGAUGGUGAUAAUGAUGACAAUGAUCCAAGUAUGGAUGAUCCUAUGAAUGGAAGUUCCACUAUGCCUGAUCCAUCUGAAUCUAGUUCAGAUGAUGAAGAUAUUACCGGGGCGAAAUUAGCAGUUCAAAUGAAUCCUGCUAUAGUUCAGGCAUCACUUGAUCGCUAUGAUCAUUUUAAUUGGAAUAAACAAAAGAAAUUUUCAUCGAUUCGAGCAAAAGAACAAGCCAUAGAUCAGUUCAGCAGUGGUUAUACUUCACGACAACAAGGUUCUCUAUUUAAAUCAAGAUGUAAAAUAGAAUUAAGCGAACCAAUAAUUCAUAAUACUGAAGAAGUUUCUGCGGUGCCGGCGGCAGCGGUGGCGGUGGCGACGACAGCGACGACGACGAUGACAACAACAACAACGAGUCAAGUAAAUCAAUGCAUUGACGAUGGAAACUUGAACAGAACCACAGACAUUGAAGGGGAAUCAAAUGAUGUCCCAAUGGAUGCAGUACACCAUGAAGGUACUGAAGAGAAGGAUGAGUCUAAAAUUGAACGAUCAGAAGGAGCAAAAGGCGAAGGAGAAGAAGAGGAAAAAGAAGAAGGACAACAGCAUCAACAACAGGAUGAACAACUAUCAGAAGAACAAGAACACCAGCAGCAACAAGAACUUGAAGAAGAGAAUGCGGAGUCCCAUACUUCUCCAAAGCAUAGUAAUGAUAAUAAAUUGACUGAAAUUUCAAGAAAAACUUUAAAUCGUUCUCUACGUUCACGGCAUAGUCAUACACCAACAGAUACAAGUUGUUCUGAAGGGGAAGUACUCUCGGAUACAGAAGAAGAUCAAGAAUUAUCAGAUCAACAUCAUCAUCGUCAUCGUCAUCAUGAUGAUCACGUUAAUGAUCCUGAUCAACAAAAUAAGGAUAAUGAUGUUGUUGUUGUUGGUGUACAUGAAAAAGUUAAAGCAAUUGACAGUGAAAAUCAAAAUGAAGAUCUUAUCCGAUUUACAACUUGUCACCAGCAUGAUCCAUUAGAGUCAUCAUCAAGAGCGGAAACAGGAACAACAACAACAACAACAGAAACAGCACCAUCAACAACAACAACAAUAAUAGCACCAAUGAAUGAUGUUAAUUUAACUGAAUUAGAAAUUAUGAAUGAAUGGGCACAGCCUACAACAAUAUCAACAGCUAAUCCAUCAGAUAUUUCACUUAGUGAAAUAAAUCUUCCAUCUGAUGAAUCGACUGAUGCAAAUACAUCUAAUAGUACUACUAAUAUUGAUGAUGGUGAUGAUGAGAAUGAUGAAAUUAGAAAUAUAUUCAAUGAAUCUCUUGAAUUCUGUGCUAUCAAUCUACAAGAAUUAAUUUCACAAGCUGAAGCUAAUUCUAAUCGAUUUAUCAGUAAAGUUAAUAGAAAUGCCAGUGAUCAUAGAAUGAAUUCUACAAAUCAAUGGCCAAUAGUCUCUAUAUCACCAGAAUUAGAAGCGAGUAUUGAACGAACAGCGUCUGCUUUCAAGGAACAUGUUACAUCAGUUCUAGCCAAUCUGUUACACGCUGUACCAGGUCAAUUUUCAUCAUCUAAAUCUGAAGCUGCUGAUACAAAAUUGCGUAAUCCGCGUGUUUCGCGUAGACAACCGAUUAUUGCACGUCGUGGUUCUCGACUUCGUGGUAUGCUAUUGGCUUAUCAAAAAGACACUGUGAUGAAACGUCAGAAUUUAAAUAGUUCAGAGUGAAUAGUGUACUACUGACAAAAAUAGGAACAGCAAUGGCAAGGGAGGAGUAGUCGGCUUUUUGGUGCACAAAAUAAAAACAGUCAGCUACCUUUCUUAAUAUUUGCUUUACUCAUCUGGUCUAUGCUUAGCCUUCUUUCCAUGUAAACUUUACUCUCUUUUUUCUCGUUCAAGUGUAAAUUUGUUUUCAAAUAUAUUUAUACGCAUAUAUUCA